AUGUCGCCAGCUCCUUCUCUAUAUGGUGCGAACGCGGCAGAAGCUGUAUAUGGGGUCGCCAACCUCAAAUCCACACUAUCGAUUCCUCCACGAUUCGAUGAUCCUUUCUGUGCUUACCCAUAUCUCACGGUACAGAGACUUCGCGAUGAACUGGAGGACUUCAAGGGUUGCGAGGAAGUGCUGCACCUAAUCAAGCUCAUAUGCGACUGCAGCGAUGAGGUGUGGGAUCAGCCUACUGACGUCCAUGAGUGGCGCUCCUACCUGCGAUAUCAGGUCGAGGUCCCAGCCACUGGUCAGCUAAAGCUCGCAUGCGAGUGGGUGCGACUUCUGACUAUCUGUACCGACUACUUGGAGCAGGUACCACCCAACGUUCGUUCACAGUUUCAUGCCCAGAAGUCUAAGCUUACUGUGGAAGACGUUCUUGUGUGCGCGUCACUUGCCUCUUGGAUUUAUAAUCGGACCGAAGAUAGCAAGAAGAUGUGGAAUGUUUCGGCUCUACAGCGCAACAUAUCCUGUGGCUGGGAUCUGGAAACCGGCAUUACCCAAGAGAACACAUAUACGCCUAUUUGUCCCAACAAGGACCACAUCAGGCUUGACAAGUCGCCGCAGGACAUCUUGAACGGAAAGCCUUCUCACAUGCCAACUCUCGCUGGCAUUUCGCAUGACUCUGCAAGACAGGGCGCACACCUCAUUGGCCUACGAUUGGGUCUACGUCCACCGGGCGGAAAAUCCUCAUGGGAGUAUGAAUGGUCAUUUGGUCGCAAGCGUGCGUGGAUCGACCUUCAUGGCACCCUCCCAGCAGAUGCUUUGAAAGACUACGACAAUGUUCACACCAGCAACUGCACUUAUGAACACGCCGAUAUUCCACUUCUCGGCGGUAUUUACGUCACCAUCAUCGAAUUGAUGUCGUUCUGGAGUCGACGACUACCUGUCACAGCAUUGCGAGCUCACCUCGGCUCCGCAAUGAGGUACCAGUCGGUACAAUCGCAGACUUGGACAGAGGUACAAAUCGAUGGCGUGAGGGUCAACUCAGCGGCUGGAUGGACUAUGGGCGGCAUUUCGACCGACCGUUCCAUGGGCGAGCGAGCGCAGUACAGCCAGCUCUCCGAUUACUUCCUCGUGGAUCUGGCGGAGGGUCUGGUCAAUUUUCCACAUGGAGCAGAUCGUGGUAUUCUGACUGUUACGGUUCAACAUGCGAUGAACCAUGGUCACGAUCGGGUCAAAAUGUCCAACCUCGCCAGCUACGUUCAGACUCAGGCCUUGGUUCAACAAUCUGGCGUAUCCUUGGCUCGUACAAGUAUUGUAUUUGAUGCCGACAGCGCAGCUCUCCAAUACCAUAACCCAAGUUCACGUCGGAAUUCGAGUAGAGUUCAGGCUUGGUGGAGCGCUGGGGGAUAUAGCCACGAUUAG